AUGGACGGAUUCGAUGAGGAAGCAUUCAAUAAGUUCUUUCCCUCAGGUUUUGGGAAGCAGGACAAAUCUAUUGAUAUUGAAUCCCAAAUUCAACGGUCCAAACGAACAGACCUCUCGGCCACUAAGCCGCUCGCUGAUGCCGAAACGACAGGGCUAAAUGCGCCCACUAUUGCUCGACCUGCUGAAAUAGAACAGCGGCCGCAGGAACCCAAAGAUAGCGAUGAUGACAGUGAUGACGACGAUGAUUCUGAGGAUGAGGACGACGAAGAUGAAUUUCCUGUGUCGCACGAGCUUGUCAUGAAGACACAUGAGCGCGCCGUGACGACUAUGACCGUGGACCCCUCGGGGGCCCGACUAAUUACAGGUUCUACCGACUGCACACUAAAGUUUCACGACUUUGCUUCUAUGACACCUUCCACAAUCCGGGCAUUCAAGUCUGUCGAUCCCUCCCUGAAGAAGCAAUCUGCGGCGCAAGAUGCUCACACCGUGCACUACGCUGCAUUCAACCCUCUUUCUCCCAGCCAUGUCCUGGUUGUUUCCGCCACUGCUCAGCCGCGGAUCCUGAGUCGCGAUGGCGAGACUGUGACAGAGUUCGCGAAGGGCGAUAUGUACCUCCGUGAUGCUCACAAUACAAAGGGACAUAUUUCGGAGGUAUCCAGUGGCGUCUGGUGUCCAACCGACCAGAACCUCUGUGCUACGGCUGGCUCCGAUAGCACUGUGCGUAUUUGGGAUGCCAACGUUGGCCGGUCACAGAAGGAGGUGAUUGUGCACAAAUCAAGGGUUGCAGGUUCUGCUGGUCGGACGAAGAUGACAGCCGUGGCUUGGGGCUCUCCGAAGCAGGGGGGGUCUAAUAUCCUGGUUGCGGCGGCUCUUGAUGGAAGCUUGGUCAUGUGGAGUGGAAAUGGGCCUUUCACACGACCCAGUGCUGAAGUCCGAGAUGCUCACGCUCGAGAUACUUGGACAAGUGGGUUGGAUAUUAGCGCCGACGGCCGUCUCGUUAUCAGCAGAGGCGGAGACGAUACCAUCAAGUUGUGGGAUACCAGGAAAUUCAAGACUCCCGUUACGACUGUGGCCCAUCAAUCGACGUCCUUCCGAUACCCUACCUCCAAUAUUCAAUUCUCGCCAAGCUCUGCAAAUGUCAUUGUGGGCUCAGAAACGGGCCAUUUGCACAUUCUGAACCCGGCGACGUUGAGACCAGAGCUAGUCACGCCUGUCACUCCAGGCUCGCCGCUGAUCACUGUUCUCUGGCAUGAGAAGCUCAAUCAAAUCCUGACUGGUUCCGCAAAUGCCGAAACGCAUGUCCUCUAUAACCCUACAAUGUCGACAAAGGGGGCCGCACUGGUUAUGUCCAAGGCUCCCAAGCGCCGCCAUGUGGACGACAAUCCUUCUUUCACUACAGAUCUCUCUUCCGGGCUUGCUGGUGAUUCUGUGGUCGUCGGAUCCAAUGGUGUCCCGCAUUAUAGCUCCGCAACCUUCGCGGCACGUCACCCAACGAUUGGAUUGACAGCAUCCGGUCGCUCUCGAGACCCGCGCCGACCACACAUGCCGCAAGUCACACCCUUCGCGAAGUCACAGCCUGAUGAGAAGCACAUUCGUGAUAAUAUCCCUCUCAGCUCAAUGCGAGACGAGGACCCGCGAGAGGCGCUCUUGAAAUACGCCGAGCAGGCUGAGAAAGACCCCAUUUUCACUCGCGCAUACCAAGAAACUCAACCGAAAGCGAUCUACGCGGAAUUAAGUGAUGACGAGGAACCAGAGCCGGAGAAGAAAAAAGCACGCCGGUGA